AUGGGUCAUAAGAAGCAGAAGCCUACUCGGACACCCUACAUGUACAGCGAUCCAACCACUGGCCAGCCUCUCAUAGCCUCUCCGAAUCAUAGCUUACCCGACCGACACUUCAAGCCCGAAGACCCGGCCAUCGCAUCGACCUUGCCUGUCCCUCCUCCCUAUCCCUUCAAGCCGAGAAGCGGUGUGUUCAAGCCAGUUCUGGAUCCCGAAAGUGCAGAACUCGUUAGCAAAUUGCACGAGUCUCGAGAGCGGCUGAAGAAGCGACAGCUUGCCAAGCAAGCGGCGGAGGCGUUGGAGAAGGCUAAAGAGAAGCUACGUCUGGAAAACCCCGAAGAGUACGAGAAGCAGCGAGCGGAGGAGGAGCAGGUCAAAAUGAGGAAAGCCUAUCGGCGAGUGGACGUACUCAAAGCCAACGACAUUCCAGGAGAGAGACCGAGUCGUAGAUUGCAGGAGAAGAAGGCCAAGGAAGCUGAAGUACUCGAACCCGCGAGCAGGGUGCACCAACCCGGUCGGAAAGCCAGACAAGCAAAGAAGAAGGAAGUGGGCACAAAUGUCAACAGAUUGGUACAUGCGGGAGACGACAUCCUACCAUCAAUUGAGGAGGAACCUGUCGAGCCUAUAAGACGCCCCGAGCCAGACUGGAGCGGCGUUCACCAGUGGCUCUACCAUUACGAACGUCAGGACCCCAAGCGACCAAGCACUAUUUCCAUGAUUUCGGUCAACCAAAUUCUUGAGGAGGAGGAUCGAGCGUCAGCCACCAUGGCCAAUCAUAACUCUGAAAUGCACGACAGUGUCCGGGAAGACCCUGGAGCCGAUAACAAUGCCUCUGUAGCUACUACCAGCGACAACUUAGUGCCGGAGCCAUCAAGCAAGCAAAAGUCUUCUGAGGAUGCUAAUAAGGUACUGUCUGACUCCACCACCAAAGCCAACAUCACAGGUAGCAUAACAAGUGAGGAGGUUGUGCCGGCCCAACUUCAAAGCAAGUCUAUCAGCUCCGACCAUCAGCACUCUCAUUUCGACCUUCUCAACAAAGAUGCUGUACGCCGUCACAAUUCAAUGGUGGAGCGUCGAGAUGUGCGCAAGGAGGCGUUGAAGGAACUUGCAUACGGAGCCCAGCGCUGGGUCCAGGCCAAGAACUUCUGGAACAAAAUUAAGACAGGGAAAGAGCUCAAGAUCAACCUACCUAGGAGCAAACUUGGAGAAGAGUCCGAAGCCGAUCAUAUUGCCCCUGUGGCUGCUGCCAGUCUUGAGCCGGUACCGCAGCGAUUAAGCCAGCGUCGAUCUCUUGUGAAGGCCACUGAGGUGUUGACUGAAGGCCCCCCGAAAUCAGACUCCGGGAUCUGCGAGACGACGAGCGAUCGAAUUCCGAACCCUCCCACGGGUGAAGCCUUGAACUCCAGUCAACAGCACCCUCACAUCGACCAUCCCGACCCACGUGAUUUGGAUUUCCGCAAGUCGACGACGAGUAACCAUCUCCGUCGCCUGGAUGAAGAGAAGGCCAUGAAGCUCAAACGUAAGUUAGCUAAAGCACCUGAAUCGAGCAUCAAACUCAACAGCGACGACGGAGACGACGAUCUCAUCUAUGUUAAGACCAAGGAGCCAAAUGCCGAUCAUAAGAGAGUCAAACUCAUUGUCACGGCAGAAGACGAGUACAUUGAUACUCGACUCUCCAGCGUCGAAGCCUCCAACGAAGGUGGAACCGAAGGAGUUGACGAUGUCAUCUAUAUCAGCACCCGAUCUGUGGCUAUUCAGGACACAGUAACGAACACGAAUGUCUUGCCCACAAACGAGAACUCGACCCACUACUACUUUCCACCAAAGAAAUCGAGAGGAACAAACACGAAUAUCUUGCCCACAAACGAGAAUUCGACCCACUACUACUUUCCACCAAAGAAAUCGAGAGGAGGAGCUCAACGACGGCGCGAUCGUUGA